AUGAUGUCACCCGGCGCAGCCGCCGCGCUCCCCUCGCCGGCGUCCGGCGGCGAGGCCGACAGCCUGCCCGAGCUGCCCCUGCCCUUGCCCGGCGAUCUCCUCGGCAAGGACUUGUCCUGCACCAUCUGCCUCAAGUGGUUCACAGAGCCGCUGAUUCUGCCCUGCGGCCACAACUUCUGCAAGCCGUGUCUGACCGACACCUGGGCCAGGGCGGCGGGUGCCACUUGCCCCGAGUGCCAGGCCGAGGUCCCAGGCGGGCAGUACAUAGAAAACACGGUGCUGGCAAAGGCCCUGGAGAGCCUCAAGGGCUUCCAGGUGGAGCAGGGCGAGCAGAAGUGCGGCGAACACGACAAACCCCUCACGCUCUUCUGGAAACCAGAUGGGAAGCUGGCUUGUUUGUCCUGCCGGGAGGCAUCCAAGGAGCAGAGCGACCAGUUUCUGCUCGUCUCCGAGGCCGUGCAGCACUACCUGGAAAACCUGAUCCUGAUCCGGAGCCGCGUGGAGUGCACCCUGCAGAAGCUGAAGCCCCUGUGGCAGAGGCAGAAGGAGCAGAUCGCGUCCCACCUGGAGAACAGGUUGCUUCUUCAGCAGAACAUCUCUUUGGAGUUUGUCAAGCUUCACCAGUUCCUCCACGACAGAGAGAAAAGACUAAUGGAUGAGCUGCAGGAGAAGGGGAAGGUCUUUCUUCAAGACAUGCAGCUCAAUAUGGGCGUCCUCCAAGAAAAGUGGAACCAAGCAAAAGAGAUACUGACUCACAUCCAGUCCCGGCUCUACCGCCACAACUCCACCAGCUUCCUAACAAUGACAACUUGUUGCCUGCUCAGCUUGCAGGAGAAAGCCCAGGGCCUGUCCGAGGGCCAGCUCGUCUGCCGGGAGCUCAGCCUGGGGCAAUUCAAGGGGCCCAUCCAGUAUGCCGCGUGGAAGGAGAUGAAAUCCGUACUCAGCCCAGGGCUGUCCUUGAUAACCCUGGACCCCAGAACCGCGCACCCGAACCUCGUGCUGUCUGCGGACCUCACCAGCGUGAGGCACAGUGACACCAAACAGGCGCUGCCCGGCGCCCCGGAGAGGUUCGACGCCAGCAUCGCGGUGCUGGGGGCACAAGGCUUCACCGCCGGGAGACACUACUGGGAGGUCGAGGUGGAGAAGAAGCCCAAGUGGACGCUGGGGGUGGUGAAAGGCUCCGUCAACCGCAAGAAGAGGCGCCCGCUCUCGCCCGGGGAAGGCUACUGGGUCAUCAUGUUGAGAAACGGGCGCGAACUUAAAGUGCUGGACGUGCCCCCCAAAGGGCUGCUCCUGCGGGCGCCCCUCACCAAGAUCGGCGUGUUCCUGGACUACGAGGGCGGGCAGGUGUCCUUCUACGAGGCUCACGCCAUGUCGCAUAUCUACACGUUCCGGGACGCGUUCGCGGAGACGCUCUACCCCUACUUCUGCCCGUGCCUCAACGAGGCCGGGGAGAACAGCCACCCGCUGCGGGUGUUUUCCACCGAAACCUAA